AGGCAGGAGUCCUACAUGCACUACCUGUUCGGGGUGCAGGAAGCGGACUGGUUCGGAGCGCUGUGCGUCAAGACGGGGCGCUCGCUGCUAUUCAUGCCCCGCCUGCCGGAGUCGUACGCGGUGUGGAUGGGCAGGCUCAAGGGACCGGACGAGUUCAAGGCAAAGUACGGCGUAGAUGCCGUACAUUACGUGGACGAGAUGUCCGAGGUGCUUCGCGGCCUUGCGCCUCCUUGCCUUCACGUGCUGCACGGAGUUAACACGGACAGCGGCCUGCAGGUGCCCCACCCGGCGGCCCCCAAUACCGGCAUUCCCCUGGACAUGGAUACCCUGUUCGACAUCAUCACGGAGCACCGCGUGAUCAAGAUUCCCGAGGAGAUCGAGAUCAUUCGUUACGCCAACCGCAUCGGCUCCGCCGGCCAUGUGGCCAUGAUGCGGUGCGCCCGGCCGGGCCUUAUGGAGUACCAGUUGGAGUCCACCUUCCUGCACCACUGCUACAGCACCGGGGGCUGCAGGUCGCCCAUGUUCACCCCCAUUGCCGCCUCCGGAACCAAUGCCGCCAUCCUGCAUUACGGCCAUGCGGCGGCGCCCAACGCAGACCGGCAGACCGCCCCGGGGGACCUCGUCCUGAUGGACUGCGGCUGCGAGUACUACGUGUAUGGCAGUGAUAUCACGACGACAUGGCCCGUGGACGGCAAGUUCACUCCGCAGCAGCGCCAUGUGUACGAGGCGGUGCUGUCGGCGCAGAGGGCGGUGGAGGCCGCGAUGGGGCCGGGAGUGGCGUGGCCGGACAUGCACGAGCUAGCCUACCGCCGCAUCCUGGAGGGGCUUAUGUCGUGUGGAGUCGUGACUGGUGGCAGUGUGGAGGAGCUUCUGGCGGCGGAUAUCGGGGCGCUGUUCAUGCCGCACGGUCUGGGACACUUCCUGGGUCUCAAUACACACGACGUGGGGGGUUAUCCCCCGGGAGCUCCCCCCCGCAGCUCCCGACCGGGAUUUCGGAGCCUGAGAACUGCCCGUGUGCUACAGCCGGGUAUGGUCAUAACGGUGGAGCCUGGCUGCUAUUUCAACCCGUCGCUGCUACUGCCCGCAUUGGAGGACCCGGACAAGGCCAAGUACCUGGUGCGCGACGCAGUCAUGUCGUACAUGUCGGUUGGGGGCGUACGACUGGAGGACAACGUGGUGGUUACGGAGACGGGCAUCGAGCGGUUGACGCACGUGCCGAGGAGCCCGGAGGAGGUGGAGGCUGUCAUGGCGGGAGCGCCUUGGCCGUGA